UAAUUUGGUUUGUCUUCAAAACAUUCACAAAACUUGUUAACAACUUUUCAAAAUAAAACAUUUUUAUACAAGUUUUUAGUCACAUUUGUGUCUAAUGUAUUAAAAGCUUUGUUUUUUUAAUUCUGUUUUUUGGCAAAACAUUUAAAGUAUUUGUUUUGAAAAGUUUGAAAAAAACUAAAUAACUGGAAGAAUGGGUUUCGAUGUCUCACGUUUUUAUGGUAAAGUUCACGACGAUAUCAUUUGUCCCAUUUGUUUUGGUGUCCUCGAGAAUCCAUACGAAGUGGAACAGUGCGGACACAUCUUUUGUGAGAAAUGUAUCCGUCGUUGGAUUGAAACGCCAAUGUUUGGUCCGUCUACCUGUCCUAUUGACAGAAAUCCCAUUUCACACAACAAGAUAAUACCGGCGCCAAAGUUUUUGUACAGUUAUCUCAACCAAAUGCCCACCAAAUGUGAGUACGCAUCUGAAGGAUGUAUAGUUUCAGUAAAACUCGAAGAUAUGGCCAAACAUAAGGCUUACUGUCCACUGAAUCCAUCGAAACCAGUUGAAUGUCAUCGGGGAUGUGGUGUCAAAUUGCCUCCUAAGCUAUUGUUGCAACACAAGUGCACAGUCGACCCGUGCCAGGAGGCUAUGGUCUGGAAUGAGAUUAUCGAAGACGCAAAACUAGCGGUCAGAAGAAGAAGUUAUGAAAGAUAUCAAAAGCGAAGUCCAUUGAGUGUUGCCGUCAAAAGUAUUUGGAAUGUCGUCAACAACUGGUUGGCCGAUCCACGCGUCCACUCACACGACUGAACUGUCCUCUCAAUCAAUAACAUCUCAUUUUCACUUAUCAUU